CCUCCCGCGCCGCCCGCGCGCAGGCAGGGCCGGGCUGGGCCGGGCCGGGCAGGGCCGGUGGGGCGCGAGCAGCGGCGGCGGCGGUGACAGCGCCCGCGCAGCCCCCGCCCCGCUGCACCUUGCGGCGCCGCCAGCCGCGCUCCGCUCCCCUCCGUCCCUUCCCUCCCUCCCCGUUACCGGCGGCAGGAAGCGGAGCCGCCGCUCUCUGUCUCUGUCCGUCUCCCGCCGCUCUCCUCACACACACUCACACACUCACGCACGCAGCGAGCGGCAGGCACGGGGCGGCCCCGCGGAGCGCGGCGCGGCGCGGUACAUGGAUUACCUGAAAUUCAUAGCCCAUCAGCAUCUCUGGGUGACUGCAGAUGACAUAGAAUUGUGGCAUCGCAACAGGCUGGAAGUUGAGCAAGUGGAGGACUAUGUCUGAAUGUAUCCAGCUCUCAUUUGCUGUUUGUAGAAUUGGCAUUUACACGUGUUUUAGAGCACUUUGCUGCAAGGGACCACCACCACCACGACCUGAAUACGACUUGGUUUGCAUAGGCCUCACUGGUUCCGGCAAGACAAGUCUUCUGUCACAACUUUGCAGUGAAAGCCCAGAGAAUAUAGUGUCUACCACAGGUUUUAGCAUAAAAGCAGUGCCAUUCCAGAAUGCCAUCUUGAAUGUAAAAGAACUUGGAGGGGCUGACAAUAUCAGGAAAUACUGGAGUCGUUACUACCAAGGAUCCCAAGGGGUAAUAUUUGUAUUAGACAGUGCCUCCUCUGAAGAUGACCUAGAAACUGCUAGGAAUGAACUGCAUUCAGCUCUCCAGCACCCACAGUUAUGUACUUUGCCGUUUUUAAUACUGGCCAAUCAUCAAGACAAGCCAGCAGCUCGCUCCGUACAAGAGAUCAAAAAAUACUUUGAACUUGAGCCACUUGCACGGGGAAAACGCUGGAUUCUUAAACCCUGCUCCUUGGAUGAUAUGGAGGCAGUAAAAGACAGCUUCUCCCUUCUAAUAAACUUGUUGGAGGAGAGAGACUUCGAACCUUCAAGAAUGUGAAAUGCAAGAGAGAAGAGUGGUUCUCCAGGCAUCACUGUACCUGUUCAUUCUGCUCACAGCUUAAUUAUGGUGUGGCAUCAAGGCAAUGCUGUGAUAUGUUGUUCAUACAUAGUUAGUGCAGAAUGUCCUUUUAUUAAAAUAAAUACUCUGUGAACCAGGUACAUGACUAUUUCCAGUAAAGUUGUCUACACUACUGAAAUAGGAAGUUCCUCUUUGUUUACCACUAGUUCUGCACAGUGCUUGUUGCUUUCUUGCAUUGCCAUCAUCUUUGACAGGAAAUUUUGCACGCACAAGGAUAACAUAGUCUAUAAAUGAGGAAUUCUACCUUCUACUUAUUUUUUAAAAAUAACUCAUGUCUUAAGGAUUUGUGAGACUAAUUUGUAUUAGCUUGUUUACUGACACCGCAUUCUGGAAAGCACAGCCAAUGAAAACCUAAAUAUGAUACUUUAAAGCAAGUAGUUUCAUGUUAAUGCAAAGGUUAUUCUGAAGUUUUACUAAAUGUAAACACAGUCGACGUGUUAGUUGAUUCCUCCCCUAAAGUCACUGCAUAACCUUGUCUAGGGCAGAAACAUUAUUUUGCUGGAAAGAAAAAUAAAAGAAAGAGAAAUUCUCCCUGAAAGAUAAAUUUGCACACAGAUGUGUGCGGGUAACAGUAUUUGAGAAGAAUAGGUGACAUAAAAAUGUUGGCCUAAGUAACCAUAUUCUUAGAAAAUAUACAGAAGUUGGGUAAAGUAAUAAUUCUUACUGAAAGUAUUUUUUGAUCAGAGAAGCAAAGCAAAUGUCUAUUAGUUCAGCUUUGGAGACUUUACUACUAGUUAGAAUUGUAACUAAUUUUAAAUAAGGAUUGCUUCCUUUAUCACUCACUCAUAGCGUGCUACUGUUAUCGAAACAGUGCCAAGAAGGCAUCUAUACCAAAAUGAAGGGCCUUCCAGUGUUUGUACUGUAAGCUUCUCUUUUCAAGGGAUUAUAACUUGUUCUUUCAAACUUCCUCUGGGCUGCAUGUUACUUAGAAGACAAAAAAGUAUUCAUUGGAAACAACAUUUGUAAUACAUUUGGAAAUAUCCCAUUUGGUUCCAGUAACAUAGUGCAUAUUUCCUCUUUCCAAGUUUUCCCCAUUGUGGGUUUGCAGUUUUUUUGGCUGACUUUUGUUGACUUUUAAAAUCUUAUAAACUGAUUUUAUCUGUUAAAGAAACAUGCCAGGUUGCUGGUUCACCAUGAAGUCAGUCACAACAGGGUAUGUGCAGAUCAGUCACUUGACUGGUGCACACCUGGAAGGUUGUGCCUUGUGCAUGAGUGUCUGCAAACAUAAACUGUAGUGAUGUAUCAGUGGUUCCUCAUCAAUUCUGCUAUGUUUUGAAACUCUUAGCUCCUUUUGCAGGGCUUUAAGCACCAUAUCUUUCCACUCUGAGCAUUUAUUUUUUAAGUUUAAAGUUUAUUGUAGUUUUUCACUAGUUUAUUUGAGAAUAAGAAAAUAGCAAGGAUCAGUUUUAAGGCUUAUAAAAGCCAUUUCUCUAUUGUAAUUAUACUCUUUGUUAAACAAAAUGUUUUUAUAGUUUUUGUUUCUUUUCUAUUUCCAUGGAUUUCUUGCUUUGCUCCUUCAGAACUGUUUCUACUCAAAUGCAUGGCCUAAAGAUCACUGUUUUAACUCACUUCCUAUUAUCAGAAAGAAGCUGGGAAAACUGGUAAGCUACUUGUUUAAUGUUGUGACAGGAUAGGCAGAAAGCUUUGCUCAAAAGUCUGAAGGACAUUUUGCAUUGUUUUUCAUGCCAGGUCAAUCGUCUCACUCCUCAUACUCUUGGAAAAACCCAAGAACUGGAACUGUUCAUUUCAAAAUAUAAAGGGGAUCACAAUGACGGUGCCAGCUCUCUCUCCCCAUUGAAGUGACCCAGUUGCCCAUUAGUUUCUUGUGUGUAGGCAACAGAGUCUCCUUUCCCUGAAUUUGUAGAGGAGUGAGAUCUGAUGUGCAGCUCCACUCUCUCUCUUAGCUUAUGUGAGUUUAGAGGUUACAGAGUCCCCAGAUUUCCACAAGGUCUCCAGAUUUCUCUCCUGGUUAGGCACAAUGAAAAAUAAAAGAUAGUGAAGAGGAGCAAGAGAUUAUUUCCCAGAGAAUGUAGGCAGUUUGGGGAGGUAAAAAGAGGGAUUCAGAGCUUUUACUGUUUUUUCAUUGAGCAUUAGCAGAUGACAAAUUAAAUCUUUUUACUGUUUCCCCCUUUCUUUCUCAUAUUAAAGUUAUGGACCAAAAAGUACAAAAAGUUAAAAUAAUCCCAACUCUAUUGCAUUCUUGGAACUGUACUUAUUUGUACCAUCAGUGUUUCUGGUCCAAAGACUUUGAGUUCCUGACUUUCUAUUUUGGUCAUGAUUUCCCAACUAUGCACUGUUGGAAGGUGCUACCCAAGUAACAUCAAAAAGGACCAACUAGUCAAUGAGAACAUGGCUUUGGCAUGUGCCAAGGUGCAGUCAGACUAGGACAUUUUGAUGCUCAAUGCAUUUUCUUUAGAAAAAUACCAGUUGCAUAGGAACAGUGAUUUAUUUUUCACAAUGAUUUUGAAUACGUGUUUUCUUACUAACACAGUGAUCAUUCCUCACCACAGGUUGAAACAAUACCUCAUAAUUGCUUAAGGCUAAGACCAACAAUUAACUUUACUUUGAAUGUAGUUCUUCUGUGGUUUUGUGUUGUGGAUGGACUUAAUGGAUAUGUACCUUUUUAAUGUCUAUAAACCCCUUCACCUUUUUAUGGAGGGAUUAAAAAUGCUCAUAGUGGCUCACAACAUCACACUUCCUUGUCUAAAGUGUUUUUGAAUACUCUGGCUAUGGUAGAAUAUGUAAGCACCAUGCAAUUUUUAUUCGGAUGACCAAUCUUAUUAUUAUUUUUUAAUCUUUUCACAUGUGUUCAUCAUUUAGAUGAAAUAAACUUGGGCACUAGGCUCUACUUUCCAUGCAAGUUCAUUAAGGAGUGAACAUUGUCUUUUUAAAAAAGAUACCGUGCUUUAAUGUUCUUUAGACAUCUGUUAAAUUACUUUGUGUGCGUAUGUGUGUGUGUGUGUACGUGGAUGUGCCCACAUUGGGCUUCUUCUCAGACCUGUGGCUGUCUGCAGCGUCUCAGCCGUCAGAAUGAAAACAUUAUCAAUCAGUAUCCAACAACAGCUGGUUUUGACAAGCCUCUGUCUGCUGUCUAAUGCUUUACAACUUGUCAAUAAGACUUCUUUGUCUACCCACUCUGAGCUGGUAAUCUUACUGCUUCCAUGUUGUGUCCUGUACUUGUACUUCUAGCAUUUGUAUUGGGAAAAAAAAAAGUUAGAACUUAGUGCGUUUUGAUAUUAUUUCUUGAUAUAUAAUGUUCCAUGUGUAUCUUAGCUUGCCUCUGUACAAAAAUCUGUGAUGUAUUAUUUCAUUUAACUUCUUGCAUUUCAUUAUAUUUAUAGAGUUGCAGAUUUUUGUACUGUAUUAGUUAAUACAGUUGCCUUUUUGUAAUGGCAAUUAAUUUAUAUUACAAAAGUUUGUAUCUUUACUGUAGUUAAGAGUAUUAGUUAACUGCCAUAUUAUCUUGACUUUAUACUAAAAAUACAGUGUCUUUACACAAAAGUUGACCCAUUCAGGUGGGUAACUGAUAGACAUGAGGAACUUGUACUGUUUGUGAUUUAUACAUGAUUUCCACUAUCCCCCAAAAAAAUAAAAAAAGAAAAAAAAAAAAAGAAAAAGUAUGAAAGAAAAAAAAAAAGAAAAGAAAAUAAACACUGUGUAGAAUUGAGUUGCUAAGUUUGGAUUUCUUGAGUAGUAAACAAAUCUAAGACCAUGGUGUAUUACCUCAAUAUUGAAUCUUCAAAGUAACUUAUUUACUCUUAGAUGAAAACAAAUUAUUACUGCAUAAUCAUUGCUAAGUUAUACAUACCUACACAUUUCUGUAUAUAUAAAAAAUUGAAACCCCUGAAA